AUGAAGCUCUCUCGCGUGCUUUCUGGCUUAGCAAUAUGUAGCUUUGCUGCAUGUGAGUCUUCUAUGGAGCUCCUAGAAUCACUUCGUGAAAUACCACAAGGUUGGAUUCGACUUGAAAAGCCUCGUCCAUUCAAGACAAUCAAGCUUCGGAUCGCUUUGGAACAGCCUGAUCAUGAACUCUUCGAGCAGAAACUUUUUGCUGUUUCGACCCCUGAUCACAACGAGUAUGGUCAACAUCUUGAUCGUGAGGAACUCAAAAGAUUCAUCAAGCCAGCCGAUGAAUCUACUCAUGCCGUUCUUUCCUGGCUGGAGAAAUCUGGUAUCUCGGAGUCAAACAUCGUCAAUGAUGGAGAAUGGAUCAACUUUCGUACUUCGGUUCAGCAAGCGGAACAGAUGUUAAAUGCUACUUUCCAUUAUUACGUUCAUCAAGAUAAGAAGAGAAGCAAGCAGAUUCGAACAUUGAGUUAUUCGGUUCCACAGGAAAUCUCUAGUCACAUUACAAUGGUUCAACCCACAACCAGAUUUGGCCAAAUGGAAGCACAGCGUAGUCAACUCUUCCGUGAGGACUUCGCAGCUGCUGCGUUACCAUCGCUCAAUACUACUGCCUGCAAUGUAACAACUACUCCUCAAUGUCUCCGAGAUCUCUACAAUAUUGGUAACUAUACAGCCAAAGCCAACCCUGAGUCACGUCUAGGAGUCGCCGGAUAUUUGAAUCAGUGGGCAAAAUACGAAGCUCUAGACGCGUUUCUGGAGAGAUAUGCUCCAUAUGCUACUUCACAGAACUUUUCUUAUGCUCUCAUUAACGGAGGUUUGGACACACAAAACUCAACGCUUAAUGAUGGCGAAGCAAAUUUGGAUAUUCACACAGGCGGACUAGGAGAUCUCAUUCCGGAUCUUGAUCAACCAUCACUGGACAACAAUCAAAAUGAACCGUAUUUGGAUUACCUCACCUACAUGUUGAGUCUACCAAACAACGAAUUACCUCAAACAAUCACAACUUCAUAUGGCGAAGACGAACAAUCCGUUCCCGAAGCCUAUUCCAAAACUGUCUGCAAAAUGUUCGGUCAACUAGGAUUAAGAGGUGUAUCCAUCCUCUUCUCAUCCGGAGACACAGGGGUUGGAUCCGCAUGCCAAACCAACGAUGGCAAAAACACCACACGCUUUCUCCCCAUUUUCCCAGCAGCGUGUCCGUAUGUGACUUCGGUAGGAGCAACACGAUAUGUCGAGCCGGAAUCCGCGGUUUCUUUCUCGUCGGGUGGGUUUAGUGAUCGAUGGGCCAGACCUUCGUAUCAGGAUGAUGCAGUGAAGGGGUAUUUGAAGAUUUUGGGGGAUAGGUGGAAGGGUCUUUAUAAUCCUCAUGGGAGAGGCUUUCCCGAUGUGGCGGCUCAGGGCGUUAGGUUUCAUAUUACGGAGGUCGACCCCAUCACCGGCGUACCAACAGAUACUCUCGGUUCAGGAACAAGUGCUUCCUCCCCAGCCUUCGCAGGAAUCAUCUCCCUCCUCAACAACGCCCGUCUAAACGCAGGUCGCAAACCUCUCGGUUUCCUUAACCCAUGGCUCUACUCGAUUGGCAAACAGGGUCUUAAUGAUGUAGUGCACGGUGGUAGUACCGGGUGUACGGGUAUUGAUCAGUAUUCGGGGUUGCCGACUCCGUUUGUGCCUUGGGCUAGUUGGAAUGCUACCAAGGGAUGGGAUCCAGUAACUGGAUUAGGAACACCAGAUUUUGCAAAGUUAUUGGGGUUGGUGGGGGGUGGACGUGGUUAUGGAUAUGGUUAUGGAUCAUAG